AUGUACAGUAACUCCUGUCAAAACUCUCCUCCUCAGCUUUUUGUCUUCACUGACGGAGAUGUGUGCAACACCAAAGAAGUGAUCAAUCUGGUGAAGAAGAAUUCAGAUUUCCACAGGUGUUUCUCUUUUGGGAUCGGAGAAGGGGCCAGCUCUGCUCUUAUCAAUGGGUUGGCCAAGGAAGGAGGAGGUCAUGCUCAGUUCAUCACAGGAACUGACAAGAUGCAACCCAAAGUGAUGCAGUCGCUGAGAUACGCUCUGCAGCCAACUUUGGUAGACAUCUCAGUCACAUGGGAUUUGCCUCCAGGAGUGUCUGUCACUGUUCUCUCACAACCAAUCACAGCCCUUUACCAGGGUCGAAGGUCACUGAUUUAUGCCCAGAUCACCGGACAGAGUUCAGAGGCAGCAGAGGGCUGUGUGACAGUGAAGUACAGCCUGGCAGGUCAUCCCUCUCAGAGCCAGCUCCGUUUCCCUCUCAAACCUGCAGAGGACGUUGGACUAACAGUCCACAGGUUGGGUGCUCGGACUCUGAUCCGCUCCCUAGAGACAGAGGAGAGUGAACACAGAGGACAGCAAGAUGAAGGAGUGAAGGGGAUGGUGGUGGAGCUCAGUGUCCAAUCAGGAGUGAGCAGCUCCUUCACGGCCUUCAUCGCUGUCAACAAAGGCAACAGCGAGCCGAUUAAAGGACCUGUGGUGUGCAGAUAUGUUCCCAUACCUAAAUACACGCAUCCAAUCGGAGGGAAAUUGCUGGGUGGCGGUAACAUGGAUUGUCAGCAGUAUGACGACUUACCUGAGGACCUCUUAGCUUGUAAGAAGGGAGCAAGUUCUCAAGCAAAGUCUGGCGGCUUUUUUCCUGGUAUCAAGAAGAAWUUCCAAGCUGUGGGGAAACCAAAAAAAUCUUCGCUGGGAAUGAGAGCUGCCCCCCAUCAGGCUCCAAGACAGGAUGGGAUGUCCAGCUCCAUGUAUGAUUCAACUUACUCAAGUCUUGGAGAAAAUGACUGCACCCUAUCCAUACAGCCACCCAGAGACCCUUUGCUGCAGCUGGUGUCCCUGCAGAAGGCAUCUGGCUGCUGGUUGCUUGAUCCGGAUCUGGCUGCUGUACUGGGAAAGACCAGCGAGGAGGUGGAGAACACAAAGCCUCCAUUGGUGAACCAGGCAGUGUGGGCCACCAUUCUGGCUCUGAUCUGGCUUCAUGGCUUCAAGAUGGAUGCAAAGGAAGAGUGGGAGCUUCUGGCUAUGAAGGCUGUGUCCUGGCUUCGUGCUCAGAACGCACCAUCAAAGUGUGUGGAAGCUGGAAACACACUGUUGGGUUGCAAUGUGCAGAAAGAUGCCCUGGGGCUCUGAGGAUUUAAUUCAACUGCAGUUUAACUCUUUUGUAUUGCUGCGCAUUUUACAGCAUUUAUUUUGUCUAACUUCAACCCAACAAUAAAGUCUUGUUCUAUCA